AUGGCCGAGUCAGAGAACACGUCCGUCUCUCCCCUCCGUUCUUUGGACGAUUUUCUUAUGGAAUCUGCAAGGUUCCAGAUUCCAAAUUUUAAGGAUGGAGACAAAUGGGCUAACAGAGUCAUCCAGAAUCUUCUUUACUACCAGACAAAUUAUUUCCUGACUUACUUCGUCAUAUUUGCCGUGGUUGGUGUAAUCCACCCCACCAAGAUGUUCUGUGGUAUGCUGGCCGUGGGCUUAGCCUUUGGGCUCUUCUAUUACCUGACCAACAACAAACAGCCGGCCGUUCAGUUCAAGAAGGACCACCCCAUCCUCUCCCUACUCUUCCUCAUCCUGGGCACCUAUUUCAUUGUGUACUUGUUGGGUUCUGUGGUGGUCUUUCUCAUGGGUAUCUUCUUGCCAUUAGUAUUCAUCUUCAUCCACGCCUCCAUGAGACUGCGCAACCUCAAGAACAAACUGAUGAACAAGAUUGAAUACAUCGGCCUGAAACGCACUCCCAUGGGGGUGAUCCUCGAUGCUCUCGGCCUGGAGCAGGAGUUCAUGAUUUCCAGAUUGAAUCUCGAGGGGUCCAAGUUGAAUUUCGAGGGAAGUGCCAAAAUCCUAGAGACUUUCAACAAGCUGUCUGGCUACCAAUAACGGCGGACACUUACACGAGCAUGAUUUUGCAAGCUGUGCCACUUCUAAUCUCUUUGUUGUUGUUUUCUUUUUAUUCUCAUGAAUCGUGCAUGAUUUGUCAGCAUUGUCACCCUGAUUAGUUAUUUAUAUUUAGCCAUGCCUGACUUUAUUAUUAAUUUUAAGCUUUUAUUUUUUAAUUGUUUCUCUCUCUAUCUGUCUCUCUUUUUUCCACUAGGAAAUGGAAAACAGUCUUACUAUGCAUAUUUGGAAGUCAUUCAUAAUCACAAAUCAUUAGAUAUUUACUAUUGUCUAUGAUAUAUAGCGUGUGUGGGGUGGGGUAGGGGUUUGAAUCAUUAUUUUAUCCUCUGGAACUUUUGACUAUUUAAUACUCACCUUUUGUAACAAUCAUUAAUAGACUGGUGGAGGCUACAUAUAUGGAUAUAGAAUUCAUGUAAUUAAAGGUUGUAACAGUUAUACUUAACCCAAUGCCGACGGGUGGUUUCCCGAUACACAAGCCCUCUCUCCUGGGUUGUAUUCAUAGUGGCCCGGGCCAUGGUGCCAGCAUAACCACACAUGGCCCAGGAAAACAGGAUUGGUGCACCAUGGCAUAUACGUACUUGCACCUGGCGGCUAAAGGUUAAAGUAAUGGAUUCCAUAGUUUUUUUUGUUUUUUUUAUCGUGCUAUUGAAUAGAAAUCUAAGACUGCCAAUUGAGUAUUGUUUACCAGUUUUACUUUUAGAGUAUAAUAGACACCAUAGUUGUCAUAUUUCCAUUCAAAACAACUAGUCCAACUUGGUGUGUUUGAAAUCCAAGAAAUUAUCUUUGCAAAAGUACCACUGAAGAUUUGCAUAUGAUGUCUCAAAUCAUAGCAUUCAUUUCCCAAAUAAUUUCCAAUCUGUGCAGUAUUAUGAGGUUACAGUAGCAUUAACUUAGAGUUUAUGCUGGUUUUUCUUCUCCUUUUUCUUCUAUUUAUCUUAUUCGGUAGACUUUUAGAAUACAUGUUAUUUAUGGGAAGCUGUUGUUUGCUUCAUAUAGUCUUCAGUAAGCAACCACAAGACAUUCAGACUUUAAUGCUGUAGAAAACAGAAAAAAUGGGAAAGACAGUCCUGUCUUCUAUCUAAGAUUAUGAAAGUUGAUCUGAAGUGUUUAAUUUAUUGAUUUUAAAAGAUGGUCCACAAUACAUUUAGUAGAUGCUAUAUAGGAUACCUAUGGGUAUUGUAGGGAUAAUUCAACAAGUAAACAUAGGGUGAUUUCAACUGAACUACAGAAUAUCAUGAGCUAGUUAAAGAAAAGUAAAUGAAAAAUAAAAAGUAUAUAUAAAGAUUAUGUCUAAAGAAAAAUGUCUAUAUUUUUAAGUGGUACUUAAGGUUUUCCUCCAUUGUUAUUUAAAUUGGCCUUUUUGAGAGUUUUGUAGUACAGUGUUUUUGAAAUAGAGAAUUAUGUACAUGUCCUUUUCACUAUGGUUAUCUUUUUUGUUUUUGCGGAAGUCUGUAAGUUCCUGGAUAAAUAAAUAGGUUAAAAUAAUGUU